GGGCUAUCCCCACACCUCUCAGUAUGCAUCAAGCCCAGCCUGAUUUAACCGUUGAACAGAAGUACAUCCUUCUCAAUCGGGAGGCUCGUUUCCUCACAUCAUACUACAAUUAUGACAACGGAUGGCCUGCGCAAGAUGAAAACCUACCUCCUGAUCCGAAUCCGCUAGAUUUCACUAUCGAAGACCUUGUGUCCCCUCGUUUGACGGCUCUAAAGUUGAGUAAGUAAUCAUUCACGUCGUAUCCUCAUGUGCUGCGUGUUUCUUGCUGCAGAGUUGGAUCGGGUCAAUCACCUGAAACAGUCGGUGGAGCAUAAACGAUGUGAACUGUCGAAAAUUCAGACCCGUGUCAAGAAUUUAACUGGCCUCGAGUGUGGACCCGAUGAACUUAAGCUGCUCUUGGAUGCUCGCGAACAGGCUGACCUUCGUCGGCUUGAACGGUACAAACAGGCAUUGGCAAGCGCCACUUGCAUUCAGGAUCAGUUGCGCUCGCAGUUGGAACGCUUGAAAGAGUGUAAACCUGAAGCUCCGCUAGAUGAAGCAACAAGACGACAAAACGAUUAUGUGCACCAAUGGAAUGUACAACGCUUGGGCACAUUGCAUCUUUCCAGCGAUGAUUCUCGCUUCACUUUGCGUAUUGAAGAUUCAUCGGCGGACUCGUUUUCCGAUCGCCUAGUCGUCCUGGUCCGUGGUGUGAAACGCUAUGAUUCCACUGGCCGAUUAAUACUGAGGAAUCUUGAGGCUGUUGCAACACAACGCAGCGAUGCAUCCUUACUGGCCGACCUCGCAUCUGCCGCGCUGACUCCCAGUGCAUUGAUUGCCCCGCUUCUACUCAACCUGCAUGUAGAGCGUUCACUCCGGUCAGAUAUCCAACGUCUCAGGGAUCAAUACGCACUGGAUUGGGACCCAAGUAAACGUCACCUCCAUCUUCUUGGUGGUUCCCGUGGUGAGAUUCUCGCCACGUUGCACAUCACUUCGGAUGGGGCUUUCUCACUUGUCAAUUUGCAAUACAAGCAACCCGAUGGAUCAAACACUGUUGAUGUUGCCUCGACGAAUAACCGAAUGAAAACCAUGCUGAAUACCUUCACUGCCCCUGUGUCUCACUCUUUAGACGAAUGGGUCUCUGAGGUGCACGAUUUUUGUCACACCCUCUCCAGCUCACUGAAUCUGUAAAUUCCAACUCUUCCCUACGCUUUGUAUGUCCUUCUUUUUAUGCGCGCUGUGUUUUAUCCCGACUUAUUCCCGCCUGUUUACUUUGUGUUCCAUUGCAUGUCCAAAAUUGGCAUGUGAAAAAUUUUUGCUCAGCACUUUGUGGGCUGCGCUUCACCAUGCUUUCGAACUUGUUCACUUGUCUCUUACCACCAGUAAGACCACUCCGCGUCCUAUCUAAAACGCGCGAGACAGAUCACGAUGCCCGCAUUACUGUAUUCGUUAAUGCCAACUUUUACUUCGAAUUUUUACUUGCAUGUAUUAAGAACAAGUUGUAAAAAUAUUUGUAAUUGAAACAUUAUUGUAUUUA